ACUUUUGAUCUCAGUGAAUCAGCUGAUUGAGACAAAUUUAAUCGGUGGCCUUUAUUAUAUCUUUUAUUUAAUUUUCGAAAGUGUUGAACAAGGGCAACAAUUCUACUCCCAAGAUCAACGUUCGCGUGGCGGGUGAUCCGCAGGAUGUCAAUCAACGGGCCGCAGUUGUCUAGCUUGGUGUCUGGGGUGGUCCCGCCCCUCACCUACGCCGCCCACAAGGGCCAGGCCGGCCGGAUCGGCAUCAUGGGCGGCUCGCUGGAGUACACGGGCGCGCCGUACUUCGCAGCCAUGACGGCGCUCCGCAUCGGCGCCGACCUGACGCACAUCUUCUGCCACCGCGACGCCGCCGUGCCGCUCAAGUCGUACUCGCCGGAGCUGAUCGUGCACCCGCUGCUGGACGCCAACGACCCCAUGACCGAGAUGGAGGAGUGGCUGCCGCGGCUGCACGCGCUCGUGCUGGGGCCCGGCCUCGGGCGGCGGCCGCAGACCUUCGCCACGCUCGGCCACGUCAUCGAGGCCGCCAAGGACCGCCAGCUGUUGCUCAUCAUCGACGCCGACGCGCUCUUCUACCUCAACGAGAACUACGACACGCUGCAGGGCUACUCCAACGCCAUCCUCACGCCCAACAAGGUCGAGUUCGCGCGCCUCUACAGAGCGAUCAUGAAGGGCGAGAUGAAGGCGGAGCAAGUGACCCCCGAGCACGUCCAGCAGGUGGCCAAGAAGCUCGGCGUGACCAUCGCUUGCAAAGGGAACAUCGACGUGAUCGCGAGCGGCGACACGCUGGUCACGUGCGACAUCCCCGGCUCCCCGAGGCGCUGCGGCGGCCAGGGCGACGUGCUGAGCGGCGCCGCGGCCGUGCUGCACUACUGGGCCUUCGGCACGGCGGCGGCGACCUCGGAGAAACCCGUGUACCCCCCGGCGGUGGUGGCGGCAUGGGGGGCGUGCGCGCUAACCCGGAGAGCAGCCGCCCUUGCCUUCAGCCAGCGCGGACGCGGCACGCUCACCACAGACAUGUUGGUGUGCGUGAGCCAGGCCUUCUCGUCGCUGUUCCUGCAGAAGGCCAAGUAGGGCGGCCCGGCGGGCCUCGAGCUCCCUUCGUCCGUCCCGCCGCGUGAAUGCUCCCGCCUUGUUAUCACCAGUUCACCGUUUAUUGUUGUUUGACAUGUGUAUUGCCACCAUUCCCAUCUGUUGUUAUCGCCUAUAUUCGUCAUGGGACACACACCACACACACACACACACACACACACACACACACACACACACACACACACACACACACACACACACACACACACACACACACACACACACACACACACACACACACACACACACACACACACACACACACACACACACCCUGUAGUCAUAUUUGAUUUUUUGCUUGUGAUGUAGCUGUCCGUUGGUAGACCCAGCCCCUCAGUCAUACCGUAGCUAAAAGACUCCCUUCCCAUUGACCUUGUUUGAAAUUCGUGUCACCCAGCUGAACCUUUGACCCUCGUUUACGUUUUACGGAAGUUUUUUUUCGUAAGUUAUAUCUCACUCUCCGGUUAGUGAUUUUUUUCGUAAACAGGCUGAUGGCAGUCUCUAGGUGUUAAGAUAGGGUACGGUAGUAUUGUUUUAGUAUUGUUUUACUGUAAAAUCACUUGCUUACAUGCAUUAUGAAAUUGGAUAUUCUUUCAUUACGAUGUCAAAUUGUUUUAUAGAGCAUUGUGUUAUAUUUCAUGGUUCUAAUGUUAAAUUGUCUUAUAGGGCAUUUUGUCUAUGAUUCAUUAGUCUUAAUUCCUCUUUGUGUUGGGCAUAUACGAUUAUCUAGAAAUUGUAAAGUAGCAGCAGUGCAAAUUAGAUAGCUACGUUCCACAAAGUAACAUUUCUUCAAGUGAACACAAAUACUCAAAACAGAUAUAACUACUCAUUGUAUGGUCAUGUCUUUCAUGGUGAGCAAUUACACAUACACACCGAGAAAGUUGCAUUUCCCAUAUGAACUAUCCUGAUAAAAAUUCUCUCUCGUGCAGAAAUUUUCUUGUAUUGUAUAGCUGCUAGAGUGACUCUUCUCUUCUCUCAUGAAUCAAAGUUUUACACAAAAAAUGUAUAUUAAUGGUAUCAAUUAUCAAUUUCUUUCAUGUAAUACAGUUAUCCAGAUGCCUUUUAUUCUACGGUUGGUUUUGUUUUUGAGGUUUGCGGAUGUGCAUGACUAAGAAAUAUAAUUUAGUUAGGGAUACAUGAUCACCUUUCCUUUUUUUCUCUCUUUCACUAAAUAAAGGAGUUCUAGAGGUGUCAUAAAUUGAGAUCAUUUUCUGUUAAGUUAAAAUAUGAAAGAAUUUUGGGAUGAGGAAUGCCUUUGAUUUAUUUUUAUUCCCUAGGAUGUCUUUGUAAACUGGGGUUAAACACGGAUACUUUAUGUCUGGGCACAGAAAUGCUGUUGCAUUCAUGUUCAUCUGUGAAUAUAAAUAAAAUCCUUUGUAAUAAU